AUGCCACAAUUCGCCUUUCCGUGUGCGUAUUUGAGAAACAAGGAAGAGCUGCUGACAGGCCCCCUCUCCGUGAGUCCAAACAGUGGUGCUGCUGCUGCGGUCCCUUCAGGGUUCACUGAGUACCUCUUCAGUGGUGUGAAUGAGGGAAAUAUGGCAGACCACACCCCACCUCUGGAGUCCGGCCAGAUCCUCAGCCCUGAACUGCCCAUCCUGGCCUCCCCCCCGCCCCCAGCCAUGGUCAACGGGGAGGGCCCACAGCAGGUAAUCCUGGUGCAGGUAAACCCAGGCGAAUCCUUCACCAUACGACGAGAAGAUGGUCAGUUUCAGUGUAUCCCAGGUCCUGCUCAGGUUCCCAUGAUGUCUCCAAACGGUUCAGUGCCUCCAAUCUAUGUGCCUCCUGGAUAUGUUUCGCAAAUCAUCGAAGAAAACGGGGUGCGGCGGGUCCUGGUUUUACCUCAGCAGCCAGAGUUCCACCCCGGGGGCCCUUCCCCUUUGCACCAUGCCCCUCCUCCGCCUCACGCCCACCUGCCUACGUUCAUCCCGCACCCCGCCAUGAUGCCCCCGCCGCCUCACCUCUACCCGGGCAUGGCGGGUGGCGUCGGCGACAUGAGCUCCCAGUACAUCUCCCAGUACAACCCCUCCCACAUCUACUCAGAGCAGGUCUCUGGCGAUUCCCACUCGCAACAUGGCCGCCCACCCUUUGUUAACAGGGACGACAGAACCAGUAAAACAUACGAGCGACUCCAGAAGAAGCUCAGGGACCGUCAGGGAGGCGGGGGGCCAGUGAAGGACAGCCCCCCGCCCUCGCCCCACAAGAGCUGCAGCAGCCCCUCCACUCUGGACAUCCACAACGGAGUCAGCGGCAAGUGUGUAGAGACCGAGCCAGGACAUGCCAGCCACGGCGGCCCAGACGCACAGAUGGGCCCCGGCAAGAACGGAGAUUCAGCAGAGCUGGAUGAAGAGGCGAAGGCCCUGCUCGCUCUUCUAAGUACCAUCAGUAAACCAAUGGUGUCGGACAUUCAGGCCAGAGAAGCAGUGGUAAACUGGAGUGCCCCCUCCAAAGCAGAAGGCGAGACGGGGAGCGGAAAGGCGGAGGAGGAGCCUGCUGUUCCAGAGGCUCUUAGCUAUGAAGUGUGCAUCUCCUUCAGCGGGAAGGACGGGAAGUACAAGACCGUGUACUGUGGCGAAGAUUUAAGUGCAACUUUAGAAGACCUUCGCCCGGCAACAGACUACCACGUCAGAGUCCAGGCCAUUUCUAACUGUUUACGUGGAAGCGCUUCGGAGGCGGCCAGCUUCACCACACUCACCUGCGAGCCUGAGCCCCCCAACCCUCCACGGAAGGCCAGUGGGACCAAGAACACCCUGGUGCUGCAGUGGAAGGCUCCAUGUGACAACGGUUCCAAAAUCCAAAACUACAUUCUUCAGUGGGACGAGGGAAAAGGCUCCGGCACGUUCGAGCAGUGCUACUACGGCCCGCAGAAGCAGUACCGAGUCACCAAGCUCUCCCCGGCGUCGCGAUACUCCUUCCGCCUCGCAGCCAAAAACGACAUGGGCGAGAGUGAGUUCAGUGAGGUGGUGGACGUGUUCACCUCUUGCUCCGUGCCCUUGCCGCCCUUCCCCCCUGAGUUGGAGAAGGCCGGGGUCACCUGGCUCUGUCUCAAGUGGCAGCGGCCGCAGAGCUCCCCGAAGGAGGACGACAUCUACUACAUCCUGGAGAUGGAUGAGGAAGGCUCGGGCUAUGGUUUCCAGCCAAGCUACGAUGGCGACGAGCUCUCCUGCACCGUCAAGAACCUCCACCGAAGCACCAAGUACAAGUUUCGGGUGGCGGCGUACAACUCUGAGGGCAAAAGUAACCCCAGUCAGGUGGUUGAGUUUCUCACCAAGCCAGACGCCCCGGGCUGCCCCACCAGACCGGCCAUUAGGGGCAGAGCGCAGCCACAGAGCUUCAAACUGGCCUGGGAACCGCCAAAAGAUAGCGGCGGCGCAGAGGUGACAAAGUAUGUGGUGGAGCUGUCCGAAGGCCUAAGUGGCGUGUCGUGGGAGCUGGUGUACUCUGGCCCCUCCCCAGAGCACGUGUGCGAGGGCCUGAAGCCAGGCACUUCUUACCAGAGCCGGGUCUACUGCAUGAGCGAGGGGGGGCAGAGUCCGUUAGUUUGA